AUGGAACGAUCAGCAUCGGCUUUGAUUCUGCAAACGUUUUCAUUGGUUUUCGCUGCCGAGUUUGGAGAUCGUUCCUUCCUGACUACCAUCGCUUUGGGCGCGGCGCAGAAUCCUUUUGGCGUUGCGUCAGGCGCGAUUGUUGCGCACGCAUCGGCCACCGGUAUCGCUGUGACGGGAGGAGCGCUACUUUCCCAGUACAUGUCGGAGAAGGUUAUCGGUUACAUUGGCGGAGCACUGUUUGUCGUGUUCGCAGUAACCACAGCGAUUGGUAUUUUUUGA